AGCCAAAAAAUGAAAGGUAAAAAGCAUUGGGCACAAAAAGCUCAUGAGAUAGUGUUGACUCGCGGCCAAAAUGGAAGCUUUAACUUUACUAUUGAUGGUGGUGCAGACAAUGGACAAUUCUGCUUUGUUGGUAGUGCAUACACUGAAAAAGGACAAAUCAAAUCUGGAAAAUUACAUGCGUAUGAAACGGUGUUAGAAAUUAAUUCCAAGAAGGUUUCUGGUUACACUCAGAAUGAUGUUGUUGAUCUUAUCAAAAGUUCACCGGAACCGUUAAGAUUGUUGACCGUUAAAUCAAAUACGGCACUUCCUAGAGAUCUGCGUCAAUAUUUACGAAGUCGAUUCCAAAGAGAUUCUGCCGAUCAUGAGCUACAACAAACCAUUCGCGAUAACUUGUACAUGAGAACUGUUCCAUGCACUACUCGGCAACCUCGUCCAGGUGAAAGGCAAGGCGUCGAUUACUUAUUUUUGAGCGUUAAAGAAUUUGAAGAGAUGGAAAAGCGUGGGGAACUACUAGAAAGUGGAUUAUUUGAAGGUAAUCACUAUGGCACGCCUAAACCGUCGAAAGAAUUUCAACAACCUCUCCCAUCAGAUCAGCCACCUCGCGACGAUAUGCCACAGGACAAUGACAAUGAUGGUGGUAAUUAUCAAAGUGAAAGAAAUCCUGAGUUCUCAGAUAUUCCUGAAGAUCUUGGACCAUUACCUGAGGAAUGGAUUGUAAAAUACGCUUCAUCAUCUAACCAGCCUUAUUAUAUCGACACAUCUACUCAAACGGUGCAUUGGCUGGAUCCCCGUUUGACCAAGUAUCAGCAACAUACAUUAUUGGAUUGCGAAGAAGAUGAAUUACCAUUCCAGUGGGAGGUCAUAAACGAUCCACAAGCUGGCCCAUAUUAUAUCGAUCAUGUACACCGCCGAACUCAGUUUGAAAAUCCAAUAGCGGAAUUUCGACGCAAGGAAAGAGAUGCAUACUCACAGUCACCAGAUGAAGAUUUAGCAUCUCGCGGCAUUAAACCACCACAUUAUUUGGAUACGCCAAAUGCACGUGAAAUUCCACUAUGUGGAGAGAUUAUAAGGACGAAUUUGUUUAAAGGCCCAAGAGGGUUUGGUUUUACAAUCGUAGGAGGAGACGAGCUUGGUGAAUUUUUGCAAAUUAAAAAUAUAGUAGCUGAUGGCCCUGCUGACCAGAAUGGUCGAUUAAAUGUGGGAGAUGUCUUGGUUAUGGUUAAUGAUUACAAUGUGUUGUAUCUAUCUCAUGCUGAAGUCGUCGACAUGUUUUCGAAGAUACCUUCUGGUUCAGAGGUAUAUAUUGAAGCUCGACGUGGUUAUGAUGGCGCAGAGCUGAAUGAGCCCGAUGUAGCAGCUGAUGGACAACCACCGCCAGAUUACUCAGAAUCAUCACCAAACAUGUACAGUCGUGGUCAAAGAGCUUCUAUAGAACACGAUGCUAUAAACAGGAAUCCUCCACAAAACGAAUAUUUCGAGCCUGCACCAUCCAAUCUAAGGAAUACAGAUUCUCCACAUCAGCAAUCGCCAGAGAUUAUAACAUCAAAUAUCGCCAAAGGUACAAUGGGCUUUGGCUUUACUAUUGCAGAUAGUACUUUUGGUCAAAGAAUUAGAUCCAUUAUGGACAACCAACGUUGUCGACAACUCAGAGAAGGCGACUUACUACUAGAUAUUGAUGGCCAAAAUGUUAAAAAUUUUAAUCAUUUCCAGUUAGUGAAUAUGCUUAAAUCAUACACAAUUGGUCAAUAUGUGAAUAUUACAGUACAAAGAGGAGGUAAUAACGGUCAGCUAUAA